AUGAUUUCUCCAUCAUCUUCAUACAUCUUACCAGAUAGCCCACCGCAGCGCAUCCUCAACUACUGGCAGCGGAAAGCUGCCCUCACUGCUGAGUCGACCGCUGCUGCACCCGUCCCCUCACCGCUCAGCAUGGAACCAGCAUCACCACACGGGGAAAUUAUCAUCCCAGACAGCCCUCUUCAACGUCUAGCUCCAGCUGCUACCUGGGCACCGCGGCGAGCAGUGCUGACAACAGUGACCAACAAGCAGAAGCAGGCGAAGAAGAGGCUGCUGUUUGAGGAGCCUGAAGUUAGCGGGGAUGAGGACGAGUCAAUCUUCUCACAAACAAAGAAACGUGCUGGUAUGGAGGACCACUCCUCCAUGGUUCCACUACUAGAGGAGGUGCGGCGAGCGGGGGAUGAAUUGGACUUUGUGCAACUAAUCAACCAGGCUCAGCCGAAACCAUGGAUCCCGCUGAGGGAAUUGAAGGAGCGCACUCCCUACCCCAUAGUUGCCGUGAGGGAGCAAACGAACAUCCAUGGCCAUCGCGUAAUUUUAAAAAUCGUUAAUGCAGGAAGCGAAUGUGAGGUGUAUUUACCUCAAAGAUUCGCUUCCUGCAUUGACGCAGGAAAGAUUCAACAUUUUAAUAAAACUUGUAAAAAUUAUGUGUUGCUAGUAACACAUAAGUCUGCAAAUUGGUCGGAUAUAAAAAUUGUUAAGAAAUAA